AUGGACAACACCCACGACGGAGAUAACUUGAAUCUGAGCAGCGGAGAAAAUGAUAUUGGGGAUGAAUUGAAGAUUGGAGCUGACGAGACUUAUGACACACGAAGCGAGGUAUCAUCGAGUUCCUCGGACUCAGACUCGAGCCAGCCCAGUAUCAGUUCUGUGUCCACGAAGUCUUCCCGGGGGGAUAAUAAACGGAACCGGCGAAGCCGAGGCAAGCGUAAGCACUCUAGAGAUUCCAAGUCAUCGAGUCCUGAGAGCAAACGCGCAAGAUCUAAGGAUAGUAAAGCAACUACCAAAAAUUAUGAUUAUAUUACUAAACUUAAUUACUUGUUUAGGGAUGCCAGAUUUUUUAUUAUAAAAUCUAAUAAUGCAGAGAAUGUUACUCUGUCUAAAGCUAAGGGAGUGUGGAGUACGCUACCGCAGAAUGAAGCCAAUCUCAAUCAAGCUUACAAGGAAGCAAGAAAUGUUUUGUUGAUUUUUUCAGUUAAGGAAUCGGGUAAAUUUGCUGGUUUCGCGAGACUCAGUACUGAAUCUCGGAGAGAUUGUCCGUCAAUACAAUGGGUAUUACCACCAGGAUUGUCAGCAAAAGCCCUUGGCGGCGUAUUCGAAGUAGACUGGGUGUGCAGAAAAGAAUUACCAUUCACGUCGACUCUUCAUCUUUACAAUCCUUGGAAUGAUGGAAAACAAGUGAAAAUAGGCCGAGAUGGCCAGGAAAUAGAACCACGUAUCGCUGAAGAACUCUGCAGACUUUUUCCAGAAGACGAGGGCAUCGAAAUGACUCCGAUAUUACGCAAGGCUAAGGAAGCAGCUAAAAAUGUUGUUAAAUCGCCUCGUAGAAUCCGUAAUGGUCGUCCUGUUAUGACAACGCGGUUUUUACGUACUCGUGGAAAUGCCCGUGGCGGACGACGACUUUUUUUAACUUCAAGAUCACGUCUUGCUUCGCUCGCUAGAAGUGGAUAUGGCCCAGACCGAGGAGAUUACAAUCACCGCUAUCCGAACUGGUUCAAUCGUGACUCUCCUUAUUCUAAAGGAUACAGACCAUCAGGCUUAGGAAUAGCAGCAGCUGCUGAAGCAUACGUAGCAGAUUAUAUGAGAACAAUGCAACAUCAAUUGCCGCCGUUGCCACCAUACUCGAGUUCUCACCCUUACGAUGCUUUACCUCCACCACCCCCACCGCCACCACCACCACGUUAUUACGAUGGUCUACCGCUUUACAACCCUCCAAGUUCGACUAUUGACAAACGCAGUUACGAACGCAGCGUCGAUGAAUUUUUGUGGAGAACAUCCAACAGUCGUCAUCACAGUCGUCACAACGACCAUCGAUCAUCUCGUGAUCAUCAUCAUAGACAUCGAGAGAGGAGAUAA